CUGUUCAAUGAAUACCACAGACCGUUGACGAUAGCCCUUAUAGUUGAAUACCAAAACAACUAUAAUUAAUUUGAUAUAAUGAGAAAAUCAUUGGUAGUAUUAAUCAUGAUAUUAGAACCAUUAUGUUAUGGUGCAAAUACCUAUGAUUGGUUUCCGACCUUUCACCUCGCCCCACCAAAGGGUUGGAUGAGUGACCCCAACGGGCUUCAAUAUUUUAAUGGAUAUUACCACUUUUAUUUCCAGCAUAAUCCCAAUAGUCCCGUGUGGGGUUCGAUGCACUGGGGUCACUCUAAAAGCACCAACAUGUUAAAAUGGGAACAUCUACCUUUUGCGCUUGAACCAUCCCUACCAGAGGACAUUGAUGGAAUUUUCUCAGGAUCUGCAGUGAUAAAUGAUGGAAAUUUGACAGUAAUGUACACAGGGGCUAGUGGAAAUUUAACUCAUCAAACCCAAUGUCUAGCCCGUAGUUCUGACGGAUUAAUUUUCGAAAAGCUUGGAGUUGUUUUAAAACAAGACGGCAACGAUUCAAAUUUUAGAGACCCGAGAGUUUGGCGACAGGGCAAUUCCUGGUUUGUGGUUAUUGGUUCUAUAACAGAAAAUAAUAGAGGAGAAGUCCUUUUAUAUCAGUCGGAUGAUCUGAUAUCGUGGGAAUAUCACGGUGUCUUAGCGGACGCAAACGAAACACUGGGUUACAUGUGGGAAUGUCCUGAUUUCUUUGCUUUGGGAGAUAAACAAAUUUUAUUAAUAAAUCCACAAGGCAUGGAGCAAAACGGAUAUGAUUUCCAGAACUUACAUCAGACAGGAUAUUUUGUUGGAACAUGGCAACCUCGAGAAGAAUACAUUAUUGAAAAAGGUUUUCGAGAAAUAGAUCACGGUCAUGAUUUUUACGCUUCACAAACUUUUUUAGCCCCAGAUGGUCGUCGAAUUUUAGUAAGCUGGAUGGGUAUGUGGGAGUCUCCAUUUCCCGAACAAGGAGACGGAUGGGCUGGAAUGCUUACCUUACCUCGUGAACUUACCCUAUCAGAAGAUGGAACUAUAAAAAUUAAACCUAUAAAAGAAGUUAAAGAUUACCGAACUGAGGAUGUGAGUUACGAAAACUCAGUAAAUCUAAACGACAACUCCAUCUAUGUUUUAAAAGAACAAGUUUCUUCAAACGAAAUUAUCAUAGAACUGGAUCCAGUUAAAAGUAAUGCGUCUACUUAUGGGGUCAGGCUUGGCGAUGAGGGUCAAGGAGUGUCUGUAUACGUCGAUGCAACAAAGGAACGUUUGUUUUUAGAAAGAAGUUAUCCACAAUUUAAUAUCAGCAGAAGCGAUAGGAGUGUUGCAGUUGAUUUGUCAAUUCCAAUUUAUUUAGAUAUAUUUAUAGAUAAUUCUUCUAUUGAGGUGUUCGUAAACGAUGGACAAUCUGUAUUGACUAGCAGAAUCUACCCAACAGAAUUGCAAAGAACUCUAGUUGUGUUUCACUCCGAAGGAUGUGUCACAUUGAACAAAUAUAGUAUAUGGAAUAUCUGAAAUUAAUUGACAAUCUAUUUUUUUUAAAUAUACAAAUUGUUAAUAAUAAAUUUUAAAUUAACAUACUAAUAGGUUGUAUUGUAUUGUAUAUUCCAAAAUUUUUGCUUUCCGUUGCAUUAUAAAAUG